AUGGCGCCGGGCGAACACGAGCUCCUGGUCCAUAUCACGGCCUCGAGUACAGCACUCGAUGACAAACGGUACGUCGCGAUGGCGAGAUCCGUGCUGGAGUUCCGACCAGCGAUUAUCACCCGAGUAUCUGAAUGCGAGCCUCUUCCUGCGCCUAUUUUAUAUUCGCACGUGAAUAUCCAAGAGAGUGAUGGGUCUGCAAUGAUCAGGGAUUCAUCCCCUCUCGCCGCGACCUUCCGACCCGAUCCAGGUCGAAGUGGGAGAGCUGUAUCUCCCGCCAUCUUCGGCAGGAAAAGGAAGCAGUUACCGACGAAGGGGACUGACAGCGAGUGUAUGGAUCGCGUAGUUUCGGGCAACCAGAAGCAGCACAACCGAGAUGCAUCCUGCUCCUCAAAGCAUCAUGAGGUUGCUCGGUCUGGUUGGGUGGUUUCUGCCACAGGCGAUGCCGAGUCCACUCAAUCGGUAUCGCCAUCGCAUAAGCCGAGCCAGGGAGGCCCGCGAAAACAAGGAGACGAGCCUCAUAAGUCACCGGAUCCAUCUGUCGUGGAUUUGACCACCCCAGAACGGCGGGCGUCCUGUUCUCAUCCCACGCCAACUUCCAGCCCAGUACAGGAAGAUCCUUUCCAGUCACCCCCUACACCCGUGACCACGAGCACGGAAAUCCCGACGGCAUGUUACUCGAGGGCGACCGAGGUGGAAGACCCCACGCACCAUCCACUUGUGUCGACAAUAACGCCGAUACCACCGUUUGGAAAUCGCGUUAGGCAACGGCCUGACGAAGUUCGUCCUCUACCAGAGUUCUUGCCGCAGCGCAGCAAGUCGAGCUUCACGACACAUAUCACGGACGAUCUGGACAAGUUUACACCUCAAAUGCACCAUUUCCGGCCGGCAUGUGUUGCGCGAGACGUCAAGGUGCUGGAGCGAGGAUACUGGCAAUUUUGGGUCAGGCUAGUGGAGAAACUUCCAAAGCCUACACUGAAACUGCUGGGAUCCACAGCGCGCCGGAAACAUAACGUGGCAGACAACAAACCGCCAAAGCACGCACUUUGGACGACUGAUGAGUUCGUCAAAGCAUGGGAAAACGUUGCGAGAACGAUCGAGCUAGGUAAAGUCGGCUGGGGUACGUGGAUUGCGAAAGACUCUGCAGAUGACAGUCUCUGGAGAAUCAGGGUGUUCACAUGGGGUGAGACUCUUGCGCAUAUCUGGUUCAUGCUGUUUUGGCAAUCGAAUAAGCUUACAGGGAUGGUGACGAUGCAUUGGAUAGCAACCGACGGCCAGGCCGUCGUGCAAAUGACUCCGGGGACGAACCUGAGGGGAUGUUGGGAGAGGAAGGGCGCCGAUGGAGCACACGGAGUAUGGGGUUUCACACGAAGCUGA